AACGCAACAUGGAGAAAGUUUCAGGCGGCUCACGCUUCUUUCAGGGCAGGGCAGGAGGGUCCAUCACAAGCUCCUCAUUCAGUUGGAAGAAAGCAGCCGCUGAUCCACCCAGAGAAGAAGUCAAACCUCCCCUCAGCAAGGCGUCCGCAAUGGCACAGAUGAUAGAGAAAGGAACCCCCAGGGCCAGCAGUCCCUCCAGAGUGUCUGUUCUGCUUGAGGCCUGGGAGAAGGGGCUGGUCGGAAUGGAACCUGCUGCACAACCUUCCUCUACAAGCACUCGGCGCUCCCGUUCUCCGGUACACACCAGACGCCUCCUUUCCUCCAAAGAGACUUCCCGGUCUCUUUCACCUGCAAAAUACCAAAAGUUCCUUUUCUCUUACAGAUCCCAAGCAACCCCUUUCUCCAGCCAAUAUAAGGCAAUUUCCCUCGCAAGCGGAUAUCAAGCGAUCCUUUUCUCCAGCAGAUACAAAGCAGUGCCACUCUCCAGCAGAUCCAAGGCAGCCUCCUUCACCAGCAGAUGCCAAGCCAUCCUUUUCUUCAGCAAAUUCAAAGCAGUCCCAUUCUUCAACAGAUAUGAGGCGGCCUCCUUCACUAGCAGACACCAAGCGAGUUUUUUCUCUCGGAGAUGCCAAGCAAUCCCUUUCGCCAGCAGAUACAAGACAGACUCCUUCACCAGCAGACGCCAAGCGAUUCUUUUCUCUCGCAGACGUCAAGCAGUGCCUUUCUCCAACAGAUGUGAAGCAGUCACCUUCACCCGUAGAUACCAAGCGAUGCUUUUCUCCAGCAGAGAACAGGGAGUCCAAUUCUUCAGCUGACAUGAGGCAGUCUCCUUCACCAGUACAAAUGAGACGAUCUCUUUCUCCAUUAGGUACCAGCCGGUCCCAUUCUCCAUCUGGAACCAGGCAGUCACGUUCUGCAGCAGAUACCAGGCGGCCCUGUUCCCCAGCAGACUCCAGACAUUCUGUUUCUCCAGUAGAAACCAGACAGUCUUGUUUUGUGCCAUAUACCAGAAGCCCAUCUCCCUCAGCAAGUGCCUGGUACUCCUCUUCUCCAGUAGAUAAACAGCGUUCAUCUUCCCCUGCAGAUUUACAGUUUUCUUCUUUACCAGAUAGGCAGGCAACUUCCAGGCACUCAUCUUCUGUGAAGGACAUCAAGGAGCGAUUUUGCCCAACAGACUCCAAGCAGCCACUUUCCCCAACUGAUGUUAGGUCAUCACCAUCUCCUUCUUCUUCCCUGGAUUCAAGAAGCUUCUCUCCCACUUCAGAUGGGAGGCGUUCCCGUUCUCUCAGCCCAUGCAGAGAGUUUACAGCUCACGGGCCUGUGUUCUCACAAGUGUAUUCCCCAGGUUCAAAAUCUAAGAACCUAGAAGGAACAGAGGUGCAAGACACUAGGAGCACUGGAAUAGCUAGAUCCCAGGGAGAAAGCCACUGUUGCGAUGCUGCUAAUGCCGCUACAACUGCUGGAUUUCCAAAAGAAAACCAUACAUCAAACACGGUUGGAUCCCAGAAAGACAAUUUCCCCACAUCUGUCAGUGCCCGAGUGGCCCAAUUCCAGAAUGGAAGUUGUGUGCCAAACACACCUACUUCCAAUAUAGUCAAUGGAUCCCCACAGGGAAGUCACAUGACCCGUACCACCAUACUUAAAUCACAAACAGAAAACUACCUGUCAAGAGCUGCUAACACUACUCUGUGCAGCAAACCUUCUGAUGGAUCUCCUGUGACGAAUCCCAUGCCUCGCUUCCUUGGCUCCAGUAGGGUAUCUGAAUCCCAAACCCAGUGCUACAACUCGAAAGGUGGCAGCAUGGUUGUGUUUAGAACUGAACGGCAAGUCAUUGUGCCCAAAGGUGAAAGUGGAACUAUGUACAGAGCAGAUCAAGAGGUUAUUGUGUCCAGUUCUGGGCCAGGGAGGAUGAGAAAAUCCCAGCAACAAAAAGAUCUCAUGCCAAACGCUACUGACAACACUGCACCAAAAGAAAACCAUCACCAACCACAGGAUGACCUCGCUGAUGCCAAGUCUCCUAAAAUAAGCCUCACAUCCAUCUCUGGUGUUUGCAACAGCUCCCUGCCACAACCACAAAGUUGCAUUUCUCAAUCCAGAAGUACUGGUGUGAACGAUGCCCAAAGGCAAAGGUGUAUGCUUGAGUCAAGCCCGGCAAUCACAUCAAACAGAGAUGCUACCACAUGUGAGGAGGGAACAGUUCAUUUUAGCACACCACAAAGUGACUGCAGCAUACACAACAAAGCUGUAUUUCAAAAGCACAGCAGCCCAGUUGCAUCAAGCAAACCUGAGAAGGUAGGAAGCAUGCCUGAUUCAGGGGGCCCUAAAGCAAGAGGAUCAAAUCAGGGGGAGAAGGUUACUGCCACUGGAUUCAAAAUAACUUGGUGCACAUCUGGUGCUGGAGGAACUGCAGGAGAAAGCAGCAUGCCAGUAACUUCACUGGGGUCUCAGAAAACUGCUCCAGAGGAUCAGAAAGUCAACACCAAGGUUCAGCUGAAGAAAGACUGGAGUGAUCCAUCCAAGGAUGCCCUUGUCUUUGCGCAAGGACCAGAAGUUCAUCUUAUGGAGACAAACUCUUUCCGGGAGCCCCUGACCCAGGAAACAGGAAGGAACGACACAACAGAAGAGGAACCAGAGGAAUCUGUUGACAUGGAACUUUUUGUGGACACCCUGCGUAACAUGGAACCUCCUGAACUCCGCAAGCCCUUGAAGAUUCACCCAAGGCCACCACGGCCUUCCACACUCGUGAAGCAGGCUGCCUUGCCACCAAUCCAUGAGCACCAUGUCACUCCCAAGUCCAGAGUUCCUCUCCCAGCUGCUCUUGAUGCGCUGUUUGCCCUCACUGAAGAGACAGAGAAGGAAUCCAAGAAGGAACACAAUAGAUUUGCAGAAGAGAUAGAAGAGGUAGAGAAUCCGUAUCUUACUGAGGAUGAGAAGUCACAUGCUAACAACCAAGCCAAGAAACCCUACCCAUGGGAAAACAAGCCAUACAAGACUGAGGAGGAGAUAGGCGCGUUCUUGGGAAAGCUGCAGCAAGCCUCUGUGGAGUACAAAGUCAUAGCUCCUAAAGCAACAGUGAAUCAGACCAAUCUUAUCAGGGCCAACAUUCUCAAAGGGCCCUCACUUUUGUGUGGUUUCGUGGACAAGAAGGCUAUGGAAGAUAAGCCUUAUUCCCGUUUGGACAGCAGCCUUCUUUACAGCAGGUUCAUCAUCCCUGAGAAGCCCCAGUUCAAAGCCCCAGAGAAAGGGAAGGAUGGGAGCAGCUCACCUAUGUUGCCGAUGGUUCUAAAGGUCAACCGGGAAUGCCAGACGUCUCCAAAUGGGCCACAAGUUGGCACGAAUGAACAUCUGAGCUCUGAGUCAUCACUGGAUGGCUUCCAUGUUCACUCUUCCUCCAGAACUCCAUCUGCAAAAGUUGGUUUCAGCCAGAUUCCUCUCCUUUCCAAGGAGGUACACUUUCUUCCCCAGACGACUUCUUGCCUGGAAAUUCAGCCAAAAGAGGACAGAGUUCUGAAGAUUAACGUGCGACCUGGGAAGAUCAUCUUGUACUCCCAGGCAAACUUUGGGGGAGAGAAGAGAGAAAUCUGGGGUGACGUUAUAGAUGCUACAGCCUGGGACCUUUCCCACACCAUCUCUGUCCAAGUUAUCCGAGGAGGCUGGUUGAUGUAUGAGAAACCUCGGUUUCAUGGGCGGAAGUGUGUGCUGGCAGAAGGCAACGUGGAGCUCACCAACCCCUGGAAAAUGUACCGUAAAGAAGGAGAAGCAGCUGAGGAUAUGCCGUUCCAUAUUGGUUCCCUCAAGAGGGUUGUGCGGGACUACAGGGUUCCCGAGAUCAGUUUGUUUAUGGAAGAAAAUGGAGAAGGUGCGAAACAGACGUUCACUGAUUCCUCGGAGGACAUGCAGAUUCAUGGCCAGCCUUUGAGGGCAGCUUCUAUCAUUGUACACUCUGGCCUGUGGCUUGUUUAUUUGAAACCGUUCUUUGAUGAUGACCCAUAUGUCUUGGAGCCAGGUGGAUAUCCCAAUUUGCAAGCCUGGGGGGCAAAGGACCCCUCCGUCUGUUCCAUGCAUCCAAUUAAGCUAGGUUGUCCUGUUGUAGAGAAACCCAGGGAUCCCAAGGCUACGAUUUUUGAGAAGCCACAUUUCCAGGGCCAUUGCUGGGAAGUGAGUCGGGAUGUUUACGAUUUAAAGAAGCUGGAAAACAAUGAAGGCUUCCAGAUGGCCACUAUGGGGUCUCUAAAAAUUGUGGGAGGCUGCUGGGUUGGUUAUGAGAAGGAAGGCUUCCGUGGCCAUCAGUACUUGCUGGAGGAGGGAGAGUAUCUUGACUGGUCCCAGUGGGGAGGCUACAAUAAACAGCUGGUGUCCCUUCGGCUGAUCCGGACAGAUUUCUUGGACCCAGCACUGGUGCUAUUUGGGGCCAUGGACUUUGAAGACGGCCCCAGUGUUGAGCUCUGUGAAGCCCUGCCGGAUGUUGAGCUCGCUGGUUAUGGGACCACAACGCAAUCCAUCCAUGUUCUGAGUGGCGUGUGGGUGGCCUAUGAAGACAAGAAUUUCUCAGGGGAUCAGUACAUCUUAGAAAAGGGGAUGUACCGCAGCUGUGAAGACUGGGGAGCUGCCAGCUGCAAGAUUUCUUCUGUGCAACCCAUCCUUCAGGUUGGAGAACACAGUCUACAGUAUAUUUCUGUGAUCCAACUUUUCUCAGGCCCAGAAUUCUCAGGAGCCCAGAUGUCCUUCAAUGAAGAUCAGCAUUCUCUGCCAGACCUUUUCAUUCCUCGCUCCUGCAGGGUCUAUGGAGGCAGCUGGAUUCUCUAUGACAGCCACCAUUUUGAUGGUGAGCAGCAUGUGAUCUCUGAAGGCGAGUAUCCGACGCUGAGCUCCAUGGGCUGCCUCUCUGCCACAGCAAUCUGCUCCCUGAAGAAGGUCCCCCUUUUCUUCUCUGAGCCCUCUAUCUUCCUGCACGGGCUGGAAUGUUUUGAAGGGAAGGAGAUUGAACUGAACAGUGAAGUGCGCAGCCUGCAAGCGGAGGGAUUCAACAACCAUGUGCUCUCUGUGCGGGUAAAGGGAGGCAUAUGGGUGUUGUGUGAACACAGUGAUUUCCGAGGCCGCCAGUGGAUGCUGGACUGCAUGGAGAUCACCAACUGGCCGAUGUACAGUGGGAUUCAGCACAUUGGGUCCCUUUACCCCAUCAGGCAGAGGCGGGUCUACUUCCGAAUUAAGAACGGAGAGCUGAAGUCCUUCCUGUCUGUCCCGGACGAUGUGGAAAGCAUGAAAGCGGGGCGUGUGCAGGUCUCAGAGCUCAACAACCAGAGCAGCUUUAUCUGGUACUACGAGGAGGGACUUCUGAAGAACCAGAUCGCUCCUGGCAUGAGCCUGCAAGUGAUUGGUCCAGCCAAGAUAGGAACCAAGGUGGUAUUAUGGUCUGAGACCCGAAUGCCGAGGCAGACCUGGCGAAUCGAUUCGUUUGGAAGGCUCUGCAGCCAGAUGUUUGACAACAUGAUUGUAGAUGUGAAAGGAGGACAAGCCUAUGACCGGGAUCACGCCAUCCUCUGGGAUUCCUUUGAGGAAAGACCCACACAGAUCUGGGAUAUUCAGGUGCUCUGAAGAAAGCAGAGACAGGAGGGUGCGUGUCACACACAGAACUGGAUUUUAUUGGGGGGGCUGGCACAGACGCUUGUCCUUG